AUGGCUCUUGUGGAGGAUGUGUUCCUGCCCAUCAACCUCACCUCCAGCAACCAGAGCAGCUGCAAUGUGCACAACCACCACUUCUCAACCAAAGUCACCUUCUCCCUUUUCUACAUCAUCCUGCUGGUGUUCGGUUCCUGUGGGAAUGUCCUGGCUCUCUGCAUCACCUUCCAGCGCAGGAAGAAGAAACUCAACUCCACCAACCUCUACCUGGUGAACCUGGCGCUCUCCGAUGCCCUCUUCACCCUGGCACUGCCAGGCAGGAUCGCCUACUACAUUCUGGAGUCUGACUGGCCCUUUGGGGACUGGUUCUGCCGGAUCACAGCUUUCAUUUUCUACAUGAACACCUAUGUGAGCAUCUACUUCAUGACCUGUGUGAGCGUGGACCGCUACGUUGCCGUGGUGCGCACCAGGCACCCCGGCAGGAUUCGGAAGAUGAGCCGUGCCAGGGGCAUCUGUGUCCUCAUCUGGUCCUUGGUGUUCCUGCAGACGGCUCCGCUGCUCCUGCGGCCCAUGACGCGAAGGAUGGGAGACAAGCUGACCUGCAUGGAGUACUUCAACUUCGAGGAGAUUCCCAAUCUGCCCUACCUGCUCCUGGUGGCCUGCAUGCUUGGCUUCUUCCUGCCUGUGGGCAUCAUCUUGGUGUGCUAUGUGAGGAUCAACCUCAAGCUCUGCCAGACGGCCAAGGAGAACCCGCUGACGGUGAAGAACGGGCACCACCACCGGGCCUUCACUGUCAUCCUGGUGGUUCUGCUGGCUGUCCUGCUCUGCUUCAGUCCCUACCACCUCAACAUUGUCCAGUUCAUGGUCAGGAAGAUCCUCUACCAGCCAUCCUGCCGUGAGCAGCAAGCCUUCAAGAUGUCCCUGCAAGUCACUGUGGCGUUCAUGAACCUCAACUGCUGCAUCGACCCCAUCAUCUACUUCUUCGCCUUCCGGGGCUACAAGCGGAGGCUGCUCCGCAUCUUCAGGAACAGUGGCUCCCUGGCCACCUCCUCCACUGCCAAGACCCCCUCGGAGAGCAACAGCAAUGGCCAGCCGCCCGGCUCCAGCUCCGUCUAG